AAAAGGUGAAUCAAUGGGUAGGAUUGAAAGUGACUUGGAAAUCUGCUCUGUCUUGGCUGGCUACCCGCUAGACGUAGCAGUGGCAGAGCGAAAUGGAGGAAACACAGCAGCAAAGAAGAAAAGCAAGGUGUUGUGAAGAAGAAUCGAGCGUGUAAGAUGGAUUUCAGUGAGCUUGAGGCGAUCGACGGCUUGCGGUGGGCAUGGAAUUCGUGGGCGAGCAGUCCUGUAGAGGCGGCACGGAUGGUGAUCCCGCUGGGCCUCCUCUGCACUCCACUGAUGCCCCUCAACGAUGUGCCGCUCCUUCCCUAUGACCCUCUCCUCUGCAAUUCCUGCCACGCCGUCCUCAACCCUUACUGCCGCAUCGACUACCAUGCCAGGCUCUGGAUUUGCCCCUUCUGCCACCACCGCAGUACUUUCCCCCCUUCCUAUGCUUCCAUCACUGAGGACAAUCUCCCCGCUGAGCUCUUCCCCACCUAUUCCACCGUCGAAUACCAUCUCAAUCGAUCCUCUGCCUCUAUUGCUGCUUCUUCUGCUUCCAGAUUCUCUAGUCAUCAACAGAUGAUGCAAGGAGCAGGGAUUCCUGGAUUUGUAUUUGUGGUGGACACUUGUGUUGCAACAGAAGAUCUUCAGCAUUUGAAGAAUGAAAUCCUUCAUGUUUUUAGCCAGUUGCCGGAGAGUGCAGUGGUGGGUCUCAUCUCUUUUGGGGACAUGGUCACUGUUCAUGAUCUUUCCUACAAUUACUGCUCCAGGGCCGUUGUUAUCCACGGACAAAGAGAGCUUUCCUCGACCCAGGUGCAAGAUCUUUUGCAGAUUUCUCCUCGACAGCUCAGACAAUUUGGAAAAGCUGCCGUACAUCAUCAAGGAUUUCUUCUACCCAUGUCUGAAUGUGAAUUCAAUUUCACUACAGCCCUUGAAGAAUUGCGGCCCAAUUCCUUUCCGGUUUUGCCUGAUCAUCGUCCAUGUCGAGCUACUGGUGCAGCUAUAGCAGUUGCUACAGGGCUUCUAGAGGGGUGUCUACCUAAUGCAGGUGCUCGAAUUAUGGUUUUUGUUGGAGGACCAACAACAAUUGGGCCUGGAAUAGUUGUAGAUGCUGAUCUUGGCAAAAACAUUCGCACCCAUCAGGACCUUGUCAACGGUAAUGCAUCCUAUUACAGAACAUCUUGCAAGUUCUACAAGCAGCUCGCACAGAGGUUAGUAGCAGCAGGGCUUGUUUUGGAUGUUUUUGCCUGCUCUUUGGAUCAAGUCGGCACUGCAGAAAUGAAACCUGCAGUAGAAAGUUCUGGAGGACUGAUGAUGCUUGCAGAGACUUUUGAUUCUGAUCAGUUCAAGAAAUGUUUGCAACGCCUCUUUGCUUGUGACAAACAAGGCCACCUAAAGAUGAACUUUAAUGCAACAAUUGACAUAAUCACAACUAAGGAGGUCAAAAUAUGUGGUGCUCUUGGACCAUGCUCUUCAUUGCAGAAAAAGGCUACAUCAGUAAGUGAGCAUGAGAUAGGAAUUGGAGGCACUCGUGCAUGGAAAAUGAGUACACUCACUAACAAAACUUGUCUGGCUUUCUUCUUUGAGGUAAGCAGUCAGCAGUCUGUCAAAAUCCAACCAGGCACUGCAUUUUUCAUCCAAUUCCUCACACAAUAUCAGCAUGGAAAUGGUCAAGUCCGUUUGCGAGUGACUACUACUGCAAGAAGGUGGGUUGAUGGAACCCAGUUGCAGGAAUUGGCAGCUGGGUUUGAUCAGGAAGCUGCAGCAGCUAUCAUGGCCCGGCUUGCAGUGCACAAAAGUGAGAGUGAGGAGAUUCAUGAGAUUCUCAGGUGGCUAGAUAGGAUGUUGAUUCGAUUUGCAUCAACAUUUGGAGAUUAUAUUAAAGAUGACCCAACAUCCUUCCGCUUUUCGUCCAAUUUUUCUCUUUAUCCUCAGUUCAUGUACCAUCUACGUCGAUCACAAUUCCUUCAAGUCUUCAAUAACACCCCUGAUGAGACUGCAUUCUUUAGACUGAUGCUAAACCGGGAAGCUGUAGUUGGAUCUCUUAUCAUGAUCCAGCCUACUCUUUUUGCUUAUUCUUUUGAAGGUCCUCCUGUGCCUGUGCUACUUGAUGUGAGCUCUAUUUCAGCUGAUUGUAUUCUGCUUUUUGAUUCCUACUUCUAUGUUUUGGUGCAUUAUGGGUCUACAAUUGCACAGUGGCGGAAGCUUGGGUACCAGAAUGACCCUAGCCAUGAGAAUUUCAAGAAGCUCCUUGAGGCCCCACUUCAAGAUGCAGAAGUUUUACUUGCAGAACGUAUGCCAGUGCCCAAAUUUAUUGAAUGUGAUCAACAUGGUAGUCAAGCAAGAUUUUUGCUUGCUAAAUUGAACCCAUCUGUCACUCACAAUACAAAUCAAUAUGGGAAUAAUUCCGAGGUGAUAUUCACAGAUGAUGUAAGUUUGCAAGUGUUUGUAGAACAUCUCCAGAAGUUGGCAGUUCAAGCCUAAAGUGGAACUAGGAAAUUAAUAUGUAUUGCUUGUUUUGUUCGUAGAACUUGAUAUUGGAAUAGGAGUUGGGUGCAGCAGUUUUAACUUUGCUUCCAGUAUCUUGAGGGAGCCUUCCUGCACUUUCAAGUGCUUGGAUGAUUGUAUUUUCUAGUUUAACAGUCUUUGGUUACUUAAGCUUCAUUCCUUGGGAUUCUUCCUAAUUUGUUACAUCAUGUAAAUCUUUAAACUGUAAUCAAACUAAAUUGUUCAAAAA